AUGUUCCCCCAGGGUCUACCGCAUACUCUUCCCAUUGAUGAGAAACAUUCUGACGAUUCUUGCUGUGAUGCUGUUACGAACACACAGGGUUAUCUCUGUUGCACUCAUCAGAUACACAAUACGCGUGACGUUCCUGCAAACAAACAAUUUAUGCGUUCCUCUAGUACUGCUAGUGACUGUUUGCUUGCACGUGAAUUGAUGAUCAUGCAUUUGAAUAACGAAAACCCACUUGUUUCACGGCAACAAAAGGAGGCGAGUAACAUAAUCCGAGGUAACUCACCUGCUGCAAAAAUUGAGCAGAAUGUUUCGACUCAAGUGUCCUUGGAAAACAUAAACUGUGCUGUAUAUGACAGAAACGUACUUUUGUCAGCAGUUCCUACAUCACGUCCACCGGAUCUCAUGACACACUGCUUCCAAUGUCGAGCACCCUCUUCAUUUACGAACAUAGGUGCCACAAGAGAGCUAGCCAAAACCUUUCUCCAUGAUCUUCCAGCUGUCACAGCCAACGCCAUUUCACCCGGUCAUUCCCUUUAUGGGCUUGCUUCGAAUUCUCCGUGCUACACACUUCAGUCCAAAAAAACACUCAGCCAAAACACUCCCAGCAGUCAGAUUACACAGUACAAGUUGCCACCAACUAACUUGUUUUGUGAAGCCGCUAUUCAACGCGAACAUGAAAGCAAGCAAGCAAAACUUAUUCAAAAUUUGGGUGUCAUAUGUCCAACAGUUCUGCACUUUGAGCACGAAUCAAAAUCAACGGAUAUCAGAAAUUUUUCACUCAACAAUGCUAAUAGUACUUUUGAAGCAGCACGCAAACUCACUGACCUGUCAUCGCAGCAACCUCUUUUGGUUUAUACAACAAAAGCUGAGCAUCCAAGCGAAAUGGCCUCCACAAAGGACUUGGAAGAUAUACAGAUCCGAUUCGAUCUGCUCUGUAAGCACCACGAACUUCUCAGAGAAGAUAUUAAGAAUAUGGAACUCAAGUUAUGCCCGCAAUUUUCAAAAAUUGAACUGGACUCAACGAUGUCCAACGCAAUAAGCCAAAAUCAAAUAAAUCAGGACCCAUUUGAAAGAGAAGCGGUUAAGCUUGAAAAGUCUCAUAACCAAAUUGUUAGCAUCGUCCAGCAUUUUCGAAGGAUUCGGCCCGAUCUUUUGGUCACUGGCCUCACUUCUUCAUUGGAAGAUUGGUUUGUUAGUAUACGGAGUUUCCGUCAAUGUGCUCAAGAUCUGUCCACUGUACUUAACAGCCGCUGUACUGAACUACAUAAUUCACUUCCAGUAUUUCUCAGAAACCUGAGGCAGGUGCUUUCCACGGCGAGAAGACAAACCAAAUACAUCAGAACCAGAUUGUGGGCUUUGAAUCAAAUGUACGAAAAUCCUGGCAGUCCAUCAUAUGAACAAGCUCUUCGCGUGCGUUCGGCAGUUAAAAAUGGACAAUUUUUUUCGAUCAUGCUGAAUGGCCUGUAUCCUACUUUCAGGAGACAGGGGCGUCUGCAUCUUCGUCAGGUGAUCAUCUUAGGUCAUGAACCAGUACAGUAG